AUGGAUGGAGAUCUAAGCCUUUCACAGUCCUUUGGGGGCCUGCGCAUUGCAAAUCCUGACAACGUUCCUUCUGGUGGUGGCACAGAUGAACAGUCCAUUCUUACACCUCCAUUAGCCCCAGGGUUCCAGGUACAAAGUGACGUAUCCACUCCAAGGGCUAUUCCAUCCUCACCACCUUUGAAUACAGCGCCCAUGCUGCUCCCCGAACAAUCUCAGCUCCCUACCUCCCAAGUUGAACCCAGUCUCUCGCAACAAGUUGAUCAUACUCUACCCGUAUCGACGCGCCCCCUUUCAAACUACAUACCGCCUUCUGCUAUUAGUAGUUCUGCAAACCUGAUCAGCAGAGCUCCAUCCUACCGUAUUCGAACAGAGUCUUCGGCAUCGUCUGCCUCAGAGUUCCACACCAGAAAUGACUCGCGUGGAGGAUCGACUGCCUUGCAGGCAGGAGUACCGACUCGGGACAACAACCACACUGACAGGGCAUAUAAACAUUCUCCAUUUUAUGGAGAGAACGCCGCCUUACCACCCCGACGAAGCUCCAGAGCGGCACACAACAAUGCCUACCCUCAUCGUUCAAGUUCACAGUACAACUCCGCCCAAGGUCCCGUUCAUGGCCCAGGAGACUGGCAGGAGCGUGGAUCGGCCGUUGCUGUGCGUCAAGAAAUUGACCCAAAUGGCAAACCCGUUUCCAAAACUGUUCGAAAAGGCGUCAGAGACUUUCAAUUUGGCCGAACACUUGGAGAAGGUUCAUAUAGCACCGUAGUGGCUGGUACAGAUCGUCAGACACUUAAAGAAUAUGCUAUUAAAAUUCUUGAUAAACGACAUAUCAUCAAGGAAAAGAAGGUUAAAUACGUCAACAUUGAGAAAGACACCUUAAAUCGCCUGACAGAGCACCCCGGCAUUGUUCGUUUGUAUUACACUUUUCAAGAUGAAAACUCUCUUUACUUUGUUCUGGAUAUAGCUCUUGGCGGUGAGCUUUUAAAUUUCCUUAAACGAAUUGGAAGCUUUGAUGAAGAGUGCACGAGAUUUUAUGGCGCGGAGAUUCUAGAUGCAAUUGACUACAUGCACCGAAGAGGGAUUAUACACCGUGACCUGAAGCCUGAGAACGUGCUCCUUGAUAGCCAAAUGCAUGUCAAAAUAACGGAUUUUGGUACUGCAAAGAUACUCGACACGACACGGAGACCUGAAGAAGGCUCUAGUGGAAUUCUCAGUUCCAAUCAAAGUACCCGAGAGAGAGCCAGCUCGUUCGUGGGCACCGCAGAAUACGUCAGUCCCGAGCUUCUCACCGAGAAAAAUGCCUGCAAAGCAAGUGAUUUGUGGGCAUUUGGGUGUAUCAUCUAUCAGCUAUUGGCUGGCAAACCUCCUUUCAAGGCAGCCAAUGAAUACCUGACCUUCCAAAAGAUUGUUAACCUAGAUUAUGGAUUUCCACAAGGCUUCCCUCCUGUGGCCCGGGACUUGGUAGAGAGACUAUUGAUUCCUGAUCCAACCCGCAGGCUUCCGAUAGAGCAUAUUAAAAACCACGAAUUCUUUACUGAUAUUACCUGGGGCAGGGGCCUUUGGAGACAGAAACCACCUCGUUUGACACCAUAUAUACCACCACCACCCGAACCAAUCAAGCUCAAUGGAAAUGCAAACGACGACAGCUUUCCUCCAAAUAUUAAUGUGAAAUCACCUCCUGCGCCUCCCCAAAGUAGUAGUAGGGUGUAUCCGCGGAUUAUUACCGAAUUACCCCCUCCUUCUCGACUUGAUAUUGAAUGGUCUCCAGUUUUGACACAGCCCAACGAACGAAUUUUAAAAAUGGGAAAUUUAGUUGUCUCAACGUCAUCGAUGCCAUAUCGUUCCCAAGGCAAGAGCGGUAACGGAGAGAAUGAAGGCCCAAAAAAGCUUUCGCGGCUCUUCGGCGGCGCCACAACAAAGAAGCGCCAGCGCUUAGUCAUUGUCACUACUGCCGGUCGUGUUAUUAUGGCGCCCGCUGGCGGAGACGAGAAAAAAGCUAAGCUGGAAUUAUCGUUACUACAACCUGAUGUCCAGUAUCGCAGUAAUGCAGAUGCAAAAGGCCAUUCGUCUUGGAUCGUAGAUACACGAGACAAACAUUUCAUGUUCGAGGAACCAAAAUCAUCAGCUUCUGAUACCAACGCCUCCGCACUUUCUACAAAGGAGUGGCUUGAGACCAUUGAGCGGUCGAAGGAAUUAGGCUCUUUGAACCCUACAGGUGAUGGGAACUUCAAGGACCUAUCUCCGGACAUGUCAAGCCAUGCCAAUACACUCGAACGGUCGGAUGAAAUUGCGGGGGGAAGAUCCACUCUCGUUAAGCAUCAAGGACACACGGAUUCAGAUUCGGUCAAGGCUAAGAAGCGAUUCAGUCGUCGCCAUUCGAAAAAUGGUCUUUCCGCUGUUUUCUAG